AUGGAGCGGCUCAUCUCCAGGACGGCGGUCUCCCCGGCCCAGCCCCGGAUCCACCUGCCCGGCAGAUCCCCCUUCCUCACCACCCGCCGCGCCGCCUCCGCCUCCGCGGGUGCUGGGAGCGCCGCGCCGUGGACCCGGCUGUGCGCGCAGCCGCCGCGCCUAGGUGCCGCGGUCGCCGCUGCGGCGCGGCAUGACGGUGCUUCGGCCCCGGCGCCCGUGGAGGAGGUGGCUGCGGCGGCGGCAGCUGGGCCUCCGUGGAAGCUGCUCGGGAGCCUGCUCCCCAAGGCUUCUACUGCUGCCCUUGUCCUGCUUAUGACACUUACUGCAAGUGCCUUGCACUCUAGCAUUCCCCAUCCUGCCUAUGCAUCGGCGCAACCAGUAAUCAAAUCUGGUGGACUCCUCUCAGCAGAGUUAUUGAGCAGCGGCUGGGCUGGUUUCUUCGCGGGCUGCUUACAUACCUUAUCCGGGCCUGACCAUCUUGUCGCAUUGGCACCACUAUCAAUUGGGAGAUCAAGACUGGAGAGUGGACUAGUCGGUGCCCUUUGGGGCUGUGGUCAUGAUGCUGGACAAAUAAUUUUUGGCCUGCUCUUCUUGCUACUCAAGGAUCGUUUGCACAUUGAGGUUCUCCGUAUAUGGGGAACAAGAGUUGUAGGUCUGACCCUUCUUAUGAUAGGCGCGACGGGCAUCCGGGAAGCUUCAGAGGUUCAAGAGUCGGGGCUAAUUCUGGAGGGUGUAGACAUGAAUGGCAGUGAGCCCUUGCAACAGGCCCCUGCUGUUGCUCCCAGGAAGAAGAAAGUUGGCUUCACAACAUUUGCCACCGGAGUCAUCCAUGGCCUCCAGCCAGAUGCGCUGCUGAUGGUCUUGCCCGCUCUUGCUCUGCCGUCACGCUUUGCCGGCGCGGCCUACCUCGGUAUGUUCUUGGUCGGGACUGUAUUUUCGAUGGGUAGCUACACUGCUUUUGUAGGUUCUUGUAGUGAGGCUCUAAAGGAUAGGAUACCUAAGAUAACGGAGAAGCUGACCUGGGCUGCUUCCCUUGUAGCUGUAUGCUUGGGGUUAGCUCUUUUAGUUGGGCAGUUCUUUGGGUUCACCCUAUAUUGA